AUGGCUACAAAGUAUGCUAAAGAUCAAGCAAAGAAUUUCUCAAACCACAUUCAACGCGUUGUCAUCACCGGAGCAAGUGGACAUGUUGGCUCCCACAUGCUCGAGCAGCUGCUCAAGAGCGGCAUGCACAGUGUGACCACGCUCACGAGGGUUGGAAGCAAAAGCACAUUUCCCGAUGGUGUUAAUGUUGUCCGCGUCAACUACGACGACGAGGCAUCUCUAGUGUCAGCCCUGGAAGGUCAACAGUUCUUGAUCAUCACCCUAGCUUUCUCUGCCCCGCCAGACACGCACAGCAAGAUCGUGAGGGCUGCAGCGAAGGCGGGGGUACCGUACAUCAUGCCCAAUGUGUACAGUUCAGAUAUCAUUGCCAAUGAGAAGCUCGGAACUGAGACAAUGAUGGGCCCGGUUCUGCGACCUCUCAUCACGGAGAUUGAGGAACUUGGUGUCAGCGCAUGGGUGGUGUUGGUCACCAGUCUCUGGUAUCAAUUCGGACUGACAGUGGGCCCUGAGUUUCUCGGCUUUGAUAUCAAAAACCGAAAGGUGACUCUGUACGACGACGGAAAGACGGCGAUUCAAACCAGCACGUGGCCCCAGUGUGGGCGAGCUGUUGCCUCGUUGCUGAGCCUCAAGGAGCUGCCCGAGGACGACAGGGACACAUCCGUUACGCUGUCUCGGUUCAGAAACAAACCCGUUUACAUCUCUAGCUUCAGAGUCAGCCAGCGCGAGAUUCUUGACAGCAUAGAACGUGUGACAGGAACCACGGAUGGCGACUGGGACAUCAGCUAUGAGGCAACCCCGGACCGUUAUCAGCGCGGUCUAAAGAUGAUGCAACAGGGCGACAUGCGCGGCCAUGCCAUGGCUAUGUAUGCCCGCAUCUUCUAUCCCAACGGCGGAGGCGACUAUGAAGCGAAGCUUCAUAACGAUGUCAUCGGUUUGGAGAACGAGGACCUCGACGCAGCCACAAAAGUUGCUGUUGAAAUGGCGACCAGCGGCGUGGGUAGACCUUAA